AUGGAGGCACAUGGCGCAGCGGAACUGCUAAUUGGAAUUGAUGCUGUCCGGGAUGCGCGGCUUGACAAGCUCAUCGAAGAUCUCGUCGACCCCUACAAUCAGCCUGCACCACCGAUACCUGUUAAUCUUGUGGCGGCAAGAACGGCAGCCAGCUCCCUGCAACGCCAAUGGACAAGGCGCUUCAGGGAGAUGUACGUGUCCCUGGAUCGGAGAACUGAAGAGGCUGCUCAGAUGCCCUCGGAGAUGGAGGGGACGAAACAGUUCACACCGGGCCAAUACAAAAUUGUACAGUACGGCCAGAAGUUGGACGAAGACACCGAGAUCUACCGUCUGGCACUAGUCCUUGAGCGGGUGCCAGAGCAGAUGCCUUUGGAAGAACUCAGGACCAUCCCCAAACCUUCGCAGCUGGACGACUGGAAGGUUACCGAAUCAAUCAUGGGCAAGAAGACGAACGAGAAAAAGCCCGCUGACAAAAAGGGGCAAGGCAGCAAAGACGCGGGCGCAAAGGAAGAGAAAAAGGUCAAAGCAGCACAGCAGAUAAACGUGCGACACAUCCUUUGUGAGAAGCACAGUAAGAAGGAAGAAGCCCUUCAGAAAAUUCGAGAUGGUGCCAAGUUCGACGAAGUAGCCAGAGAAUACUCGGAAGACAAGGGCAGACAAGGCGGCGCUCUUGGAUGGAAAGCUAAAGGAACCUUGAAGGCCGAGUUCGAGGCAGUUGCCUACACGCUUGAGCCCAGCACUACGUCAAAUCCAAAAAUAGGCGAGGCCAAGACUGGGUUUGGCUACCACAUCAUCAUGGUCGAAGGGAGGAAAUAG